CAGCAGGAGCAGAGAGCAGCCAUUGCUGUGUCUGGCAGCAGAGGUGUGAAGAAGACAUCUGGUGAGCGUGAGACACCCAGCAGCCAUCCUCGUGUGACAGGAGGACUGAGCAGGUCCCAGAGCCCCAUCACGGUGCCUCCACCUCACUCACUGGUACAUGAGAGACACAGUGACCAGAAGAUCCAGGAACUCACCAACAAGAUCAUUCAGCUGCUGAAUGGAGAGGAGGGGGAGUAUAUAGAGGAACACAGGGGUCUGUACAAGUACGUGAUGAUGGAGAAUCACCGGCCCCUCACAUCACUGGAUGGACCCAGUAACAGAGAUACCCCAGAGAGAUGUCCCUGUCCUCUGUAUUCCCAGGAUUGUACAGAGGAGAAUCACAGGACCCCACAAGAGAAUCAGGAUGAAUGUCUCACUGACAUUAAGAUAGAAGAUACAGAGGGAAAAGAAGAGACGUAUGUGACUGAUAUAAAGGCAGAAGAUAUAAAGGGAGAAGAAGAGACGUAUGUGACUGAUCUGAAGGCAGAAGAUACAGAGGGAGAAGAAGAGACGUAUGUGAGGGGUGAUCAGCAGUGUAAGGAGGAGGAGAUCCCUACAGAUAUCAGCACAGCAGAUGGACACACAACCAGGAAUAUCUCAGAAGGACAUCUAAUGUUAUCCCUGGAUUGUGACAUAAAAGAUAAUGACAGUAGACAGGAUUCUCCAGGACAUAACCCCAUUACCCCAAUUAUACAUCCAGCUCUAUCAGCUGGUCCCUCUGAUCCUGGGAAAUGUUCUCCUGAUCACUCUGAUAUUGGUGCAUCUGUUACAGCUCUGACAGUAGAUACAGUGUUUCCCUGUUCUAUAGAUGCCAACUAUUUUACACAGAACACAAAGCUUAUAACCCAUCAGCCAGUUAAAGCAGGCGAGAGGCCAUUUCCAUGUUCUGAGUGUGGGAAAUGUUUUACAUACAAAUCAGCUUUUGUUACACAUCAGAGAUAUCACACAGGUGAGAAACCAUUUCCAUGUUCUGAGUGUGGGAAAUGUUUUGCACGGAAAUCAAAUCUUGUUAAACAUCAGAGUAGUCACACAGGUGAGAGGCCAUUUUCUUGCUCUGAGUGCGAGAAAUGUUUUACACGGAAAUCAAAUCUUGUUAAACAUCAGAGUAGUCACACGGGUGAGAGACCAUUUCCAUGUUCUGAGUGUGGGCAAUGUUUUGCACAGAAAUCACAUCUUGUUACACAUCAGAGAAGCCACACAGGUGAGAAGCCUUUUCCAUGUUCUGAGUGUGGAAAAUGUUUUGCACAGAAAUCAAAUCUUGUUACACAUCAGAGAAGUCACACAGGUGAGAAGCGAUUUUCUUGCUCUGAGUGUGGGAAAUGUUUUGGACGCAAAUCAGAUCUUGUUACACAUCAGAGAAGUCACACAGAUAAGAAUCCAUUUCUAUGUUCUGAGUGUGGGGAAUGUUUUGCACACAAAUCAGAUCUUGUUAUACAUCAGAGAAGUCACAGAGGUGAGAAUCCAUAUCUAUGUUCUGAGUGUGGGAAAUGUUUUGCACACAAAUCACAUCUUGUUACACAUCAGAGAAGUCACACAGGUGAGAAGCCAUUUUAUUGCUCUGAGUGUGGGAAAUGUUUUACCCAGAAAUCAUGUCUUGUUAUACAUCAGAGAAGUCACACAGGUGAGAAGCCAUUUCCAUGUUCUGAGUGUGGGAAAUGUUUUGCACACAAAUCAGAUCUUGUUAUACAUCACAGAAGUCACACAGGUGAGAAGCCAUUUUCUUGCUCUGAGUGCGGGAAAUGUUUUGCACAGAAAUCACAUCUUGUUACACAUCAGAGAAGUCACACAGGUGAAAAGCCAUUUUAUUGCUCUGAGUGUGGGAAAUGUUUUACCCAGAAAUCAAGUCUUGUUACACAUCAGAGAAGUCACACAGGUGAGAAGCCAUUUUAUUGCUCUGUGUGUGGGAAAUGUUUUACCCAGAAAUCAAGUCUUAUUAUACAUCAGAGAAGUCACACAGGUGAGAAGCCGUUUUCCUGUUCUGAGUGUGGGAAAUGUUUUGCAUGGAAAUCAGCUCUUGUUAAACAUCAGAAAAGUCACUCAGGUGAGAAGCCGUUUUCCUGUUCUGAGUGUGGGAAAUGUUUUACACAGAAAUCAGCUCUUGUUCCACAUCAGAGAAGUCACACAGGUGAGAAGCCGUAUUCCUGUUCUGAGUGUGGGAAAUGUUUUACACAGAAAUCAGCUCUUGUUCCACAUCAGAGAAGUCACACAGGUGUGAAGCCGUUUUCCUGUUCUGAGUGUGGGAAAUGUUUCGCAUUUAAAUCAGUUCUUGUUAAACAUCAGAAAAGUUACUCAGGUGAGAAGCCGUAUUCCUGUUCUGAGUGUGGGAAAUGUUUUACACAGAAAUCAUCUCUUGUUACACAUCAGAGAAGUCACACAGGUGAGAAGCCGUUUUCCUGUUCUGAGUGUGGGAAAUGUUUUGCACAGAAAUCAUCUCUUGUUACACAUCAGAGAAGUCACACAGGUGAGAAGCCGUAUUCCUGUUCUGAGUGUGGGAAAUGUUUUGCACGGAAAUCAGAUCUUGCUACACAUCAGAGAAGUCACACAGGUGAGAAGCCAUUUUCAUGCUGUGAGAGAAAUAAAUCCGCUCUUGUUGAACACAUUAGACAUUACCCAAGUACGGAACUAUUUAAAUCUUCUGGAGUAUAAUUAUCACUGUCGUCCAGUGUUCCUCAAGGGUGAAUCCUAUCUCCUAUGCUUUAUAAAAUAUACAUGCUACCACUGGGUGAUAUAAUCAGACAUCAUGGCCUGGUCUACCACUGAUAUGCAGAUGACCUGCUUUUUGCUCCAUGUACUGAGAACCGAAUACCAAUCCUAAAUGGUUGUCUAGCUGAGCGCCAGGGGUGGAUGAUGCCAGUUGGCUGUGACUCAGUCUUUGUGAAACAUAAUAGAAGCUCCCCAACAAAGGACAAGACUACAGCUUUACCAACCAUCUGGAUUUAUGCUUUGGUGCUCAGAAUUGAAAAUACUGAACGUGUGCUGAAUCUUUGUGUUGUCCUGGUAUGUGGCUGACACAGACAUCAGGUAUCCGCCACAUACAAAUCCUCGUUCUUUCAUCUGUGGACCAUAGCCAGAAUCAAGCACUUGAUUCCCUCAGAAGUUCAUAGACUACUGCAGUGCCAUCUACCUGGGUCACCCAGCAAAAGAAUUACAGAGCUUGCAGCUAGUACAGAAUGCAGCAGCCAAGCUGUUACCUAACCAGCCCGUUCCUGCCUCAUAACACCCAUUCUCUACUCCCUUCACCGGCUGCCUGUAAGAUGACAAAUCUAUUUCAUUAUUGGCUAACUGACCUUCCCAGCAAAACAUUACAUGGUCCAAGGUACUAGAAGGAGCUUCUGCCUCCUUACUGCCCUGCUUGCUUGCUGGCUUCUACAGAUGAAGGACUGUUACCAGCAGUACCAAGAAUCUCCUGUCAUUUAUUUAUGGGUUGAAUGUUUAGCUUUGUAGCCCUGACCAUGGAACUCACUGCCUUGCACAGUCCAAGAGGCCACCACUCUAGAGACCUUCACAAGCAGACUGAUGACUGUUACUCACGCUUUUCAUUAAUGUACCUCUAUUUCUCAUACGUCCUAGAGGAUGCUGGGGAUUCCAAAAGGACCAUGGGGUAUAGAC